GGUUUGAUGCGUUUGGUUUGGCGCCCUGUCGAGAACGCGAAGUUUACGAGCUGUGAACUUACACGCGCAGUGAGCGAAGCAAGACGAGUGUUUUUUAGGUGGGAUGGGAAGAGAUUUUUUUUUUUUCCUCCUCUCUUUUUCACACAAGGUAAGUGUGGGAUCGAUCACAGGGGCCACAGUGCUUGGGCAGUUUCGGAGAAUUGACAUUGAUUAGUAGCAGCCAAACGAGACCGCCCAAAAGGAAGAAGAAGGAAGAAGAAGAAGAAGAACACUCGCGAGAAGAGGGCUCCUCCCUCUUUGCGUGAUCUUCUUCUAUUGUAUUGGCCUCGAUCGAGUAGACGAUCGAUCCAUUGGUGGGCGAUGGCAAUGCGGGUCCCGUGAAUCGCAAAAUCCCUUGAAAGCGAGUUCUUGUUUUUGUUCGCUCCCUCUCUCCCAGCGAUCGAUCGACCCUUCUUCUUUUGGGAAUUUUGAGCGGAGGCUGGGUUCACGGGUGGGAUCAUUCAUUGGUGUUGUUUGUUCUUGUUUUCUUCCUUUGGUGCCUUUAUCUCCUCCUCGCUUUUUUUUGGAUUUCUUCCUCUUGGCGCUCUCGCGCUGCCUUUUUCCGGUUUGAAAAAAAGAGAGGAAGCGAUCGCAUUUACUCUGGGCCGGCACCCCCGAUCAUAUAGAUGCCCCACUCGGGCUCUUUGGAUCGCUCCAGUGCGCUCCAGGCUCUAGAGGGUCCCAGAGCGAUCGAUUGGAAUCUUGGUUGUCGUCGCGCUUCGAGCUAGCUAGAGAUUCCCAGGAGAGUUUGUUCUCUCUUUUCUUUCGAGAGAGGAUGGAUGAAUCCCCACGAAGACCCAAUGCGGCUAGCAGUAAGCACGCGCGGCGGCUGUUCGCAGCGAAUAGAGAAGAGAAAUCGGUGAGGAGACACAGUAGCAGCGAUGGCCAAGCUCGCAGGAAGCUACUUUUGGGAGCUCCAGAGGAAGAAUCUCUGAAUUCUAGCUUCGAUGACGCGGCGAUCCACGAGCCCAAUGUGGUGGCGAGGCUGAUGGGCUUGGAUUCGCUGCCAGUGGGCGCCAAAAUCAAGGAUCUCUCAGCAGUAAGUAGCAGUAGUGGUAGCGAUGGUCGCUCGCCGCCAGUGAUGAUCCUCCGCGAGAAUGGAGGAGGAGGAGAGAGGCAGCAGCUCCAGCUCCAGGAGCUCCUGAGGAUCAAAGAGCCGCUGCUACUCCGCGAGCUCCUGCGAGAGGAAGAGGAUCAGUAUCGUAGCUUGGAGGAGGAUCACCAGCGGCAGAAUGGGAGGAGAGGACCAUCGCUGGUGGAGAAAUUUGCAGGACUGAUGAGGAGGGCUCGGGUUCCAGCGGUGGAACACGAACAGGAAGAAGGGGAGAAAUCGAAGAAGAAAAAGGGAGAGCAAAAGAGUGGUGGUAGCAAGGUCUCACCGAUCAAGAGCCCGUCAAAGAAGAAGCGUGGCCUGGUAGCGGAGGCUGCCGUGAAGGUCUUGCCGACCGAUGAUCAUCGUCCACCGCAGCACCAGAAUUUGGACACGGGCACCGCGGACAAGAAGCCCUCGAGCCGGAGGAAGUUGUCGCUGAACCGGAGCUCAUCCGAGCCAACUCUCGGCUCCUCGUCGUCGUCAACUUCCAGAAGGCUGGCCAAGAUCUCCGAGAGCAUCCGGCAAAGGUUCGGUGGUUUCAGCUCCAGCAGCGAUCGCUUGAGCUCGAACUCUUCGUCGUCAUCAUCGGUGUCAAAGUCGACGAAGAACAAGGUCAGCGAUGGUGGAAACUUGGUUCGGAGUAAGUCGGACCUGGGACUCCAGCAGCAGCACGAAGGUGGUGGAGGAUUGGGAUGGUCUGAAAUCCGGAGGCUGCACAAGCAACAAAAGCAACGAGAGUCCGAUCAGCUCAUCAUCAAGAGCAGCAAUGAAAGGGAAGAGGACCACUUACCCCAGAGAGCGUCGUUUUCUCCCACUGCAAAGUUGGUCACAAUGAAGAACUCCACCAGUAGCAGCCAUGGAAUCCUGAGCUACACCACAAACAGGCUGUUUGGGAAUCAGAGGGGAAAAGAGAAAGAAAGUAACAGGACGAGGACGAAGCGUACCAGCAGCAGCGACGGAAGUGGCAAGGAUCACAGCAGCACGAGUGCGACGAGUGGCACGGCGAGGCCGAGCAAAAGUGAGGCAUCGUCGUCUUUAAUGCGCGCAUUGCUGAGAAGAUCACGGAACAUCGGCGCUGGAACCACCAAGCAAGCUGCGCGGAGCUUUCAAUCCGUUGGGAGGAAAGCUUCCGCUUCUUCGUUGAGCUCGAGACAAGGCCUAGCUGAUGAUAUUUCUUUGUCCUCGGUGGCAUCGUCUUCUUGCGCUGGUGUUACUCCUCCCCGGUUUUGUGAGGAGCUGCUCUCGGACGAUAGUAGCAGCGUGGCUCGGUCGGAAGGAAGCGGGAGCUCUCCGACAAACUCGAAUUGCGGGAACUAUGAGUGCAGCCGGUCAUCUCGAUCGGAGGGUGGACAGCCCAGUCCAGUUUCGGUGCUCGAGCCACCGUUUGUCGACGAGAUGCACUCGUCACCGUUGGACAGUGGUGGCGAAGACUCACCUGAUGCUAAGCUACGUACCAGUUCCACGGGCAGUGACAGCAUUCUCAGCGCCAUCCUGGACAUAUCACGAAUCCGCUGCAUCGACCUCUCUUCCAUCGGAAUAAGCGACUCCACCGCAAGUAGCAGGCACUCUUUCGAGGAAGAGACAGCCUACAUCGACGACGUUCUUAGGACGAGUCAGCUUUUAUGUGACCAGGAGGAGAAGUUGCUGAGCUCGCCAGCAGUCGUAGCAGCAACUAGAAGGUGGCUUAGCCAAGAUAGUCCAGUCGCUUCCCGGGUUUUCAGCAUCAUAGAGACGACGAUGACUUCCAAAUCUCAUGGACGAGGCUCGCUGCAAGCUCGUAAGUUGCUCUUCGACUGCGUGGAGGAGGCAGUGAGAUCAAGAUUUGGCUGCUGUAAAAGCUGGUACCUAGGCGUAGGAUCGGUGAGGUUGGCUGGAGUCGGGAUGCCACAGGUUGGUGCAGAGGUUCAGCAACAAAUAAGUGACUGGAAGUCGAUGGAAACGCUGUCAACUGAUGAGCUCGUUGAGAAGGACAUGAGUGUUGGUGCUGGAAAGUGGAUGGAUUGGAACGGGCAAGUGGAGCUGAUUGCCGAGGACGUUGAGAGCAGCAUUCUGCGGACAAUGAUAGACGAGCUUGUCUGCGAGUGGAGUGGACCAUAACUGGUGGCUUUCAACCCUGUUCUGUGUUUAAAUCUGAAGUCAAGUCUCUAUUCUUUCUGCCA